UGACCAACAAUUUAAAACACUUACUCAAAUUUUACCAAUCAGUUGAAUUUAAUUGUCUACAAUAAGAAACUUGAUAAACAACAACAGUCAGUUAAUCAUCCUAUCAGCAACUUGUAAACAAUUAACAGUUAAUUCAUUCAAUUUGUAAACAAGUGUCAACUUAAUCAUCUUCAUCUUAAUUGUCCAAUACUUGAUUGACCAAUCCAACUGCAAUGAAUUCGUUAUCAAUUUUAAUCAUCUUAAUUGUGAGUUCAAUUCCACUGAUUAAAACGGCCUGGGUUCCCAAUGGGUCACCUUCAUUGGGCCCGAUUCGCAUGGACAAAAAGAGCGACGGAUUCCUCGAGGUUGGAUGUUACGGCGAUUAUGAUAAGGCCAUGUUCGCGCGAUUGGAUAGACUCUGCGAAGAGUGUUAUGAAUUAUAUCGAGUUCCCGAUCUAUUUACUCAAUGCAGGCAAAGUUGCUUUAGAAACGAUUAUUUUCCCAAAUGUAUUGAAGCUCUUAUGGUUACCAAUGAGAAGGAGAAACUUAUGGAAAUGGUUGACAUCUUAAAUCGAGGACGAAUAUCGUUUCAUCAGACAACAUAAUUAAAUUAAUCAUCGACACAAUUAACAGCUAAUUUAAUCUCUUUCAUCAGAUUUCAGUACUUCUAAAGUGAGCAAUUAAUUCUGCUUUCAAUUAAUUUGCAACCUAUUUUGAUUUUAGGCUUUUGAUUUCUUGUCUUUUCGUUUUCCAUUUUAAUUUACAAUUGACAAUCUAAUUUAAUGAGCAGCGACAAACUUUUUGACGAAACUUUGUCAACUUUGCUUACGUGAGAGACCGUCAAGAGACCCUUGUAUUUUAAUUACGAAUAUACUGAAAUAAAAUCAAUUGUGAUUGAAUUUUUUUGAUCAUCGUGAUACCAAAAUAAAUCAAA